CAUUAAGCUGUGGCACUAAACUCUCCAAAAUUUUCCAAAAUACAAAUGUGAAUACACCACAGAACUUUUUACUAAUAAAAAAGGAGAAUCAAGGGAACAAAUACAGGGGCACCAUAAAAGAAAGAAGAAAAAACCAACCCACCAUCUUCGUCAAAUACACCAAGCACUUCUCUUUUCUUAAUUUGCAACCGUAGUCACAGAGUCAGAAACAUCUUGUUUCCAAGUCUUUCUUUCUUGGCUUUAACUGCUGCUUUUACUUAUUAACCGCCAAAGGGUUUUACCCUAUAUAUGUACAUUUAGCUGCAAAGUUUCAAAGAAUCUUCCUUUGCACCAAUCUUGUGCAGUCUUGCAGUGCUCAUAAACUUGUAGGAUAUGACUCGAAGAGUGAGGCAGAAAUGUUCACAUAGUAAGGACAAAGAUAAGACAAACAUUAGUUUGGAUACCCUGGAUAGUGGAUGUUUGAAUUCAGCUACUGCUUGUGGAGUUGACUGGACAACCUUGCCCGAUGAUACAGUUAUUCAACUCUUUUCUUAUUUAAAUUAUCGAGACCGAGCUAGCUUGUCAUCAACUUGUCAAACAUUUAGGCUCUUAGGCUCUUCGCUCUGUUUAUGGGAUUCGCUGGACCUCCGUCCUCACAACUUUGACACUGCAGCUGCAGUCUCACUUUCAUCACGAUGCAAGAAUCUCCAGAGACUUAAAUUUCAUGCAGCAGGCUCAGCAGAUGCAAUAGUUAGUCUUCAAGCUAGGGCACUUCGAGAAAUUAGUGGUGAUUUCUGUCAGGACAUUACUGACGCUGCACUUUCAGUGAUAGCAGCAAGACAUGAGAUGCUUGAGAGUGUCCAUCUUGGCCCAGAAGCUUGUGAGAGAAUCAGCAGUGAUGCAAUCAAAGCACUUGCAUAUUGCUGCCCUAGGUUGAGGAGCCUUUGGAUGUCAGGUGUUAGGGAAGUUAGUGGAGAUGCCAUGAAUGCUUUGGCUAAGCAUUGUAGGCAGUUAAAGGAUGUUGGGUUUGUGGAAUCAGACAACAUUGAUGAAGUGGCUCUUGGAAACAUGAAUUCUGUUAAACUUUUAUCAGUUGCAGGGACUAGAAACCUGAAAUGGGGUUCUGCAGUACAAGUUUGGAGUAGAUUGCCUCACUUGGUGGGCUUAGAUGUUUCCAGAACUGAUGUAAAUCAGAGUGCUGUUACAAGAUUAUUGUCAUCAUCCCAAAAUUUGAAAGUAUUAGUUGCCUUGAAUUGUCCAGUUUUUGAGGGUGAACUUGACAGUAACACAAUGCAUAAUCAAAAAGGUGGAAUAUUGCUUACUUUUCUCGGUGACAUUUUGAAGGGAGUAGCAUCAUUAUUUGCCGACAAUGCAAAAAAUGUUAGGGAUGUGUUUAAGUAUUGGAGGAGAUUAAAGAAUAGAGAUAAAAACUUGGAUGAGAUUGUUGUUUGGAUUGAAUGGGUCUUUUCGCAUUCACUUUUGCGAAUUGCAGAAAACAACCUGAAGGAGUUUGAUGAUUUCUGGCUCACACAAGGCGCAGCAGUAUUGCUCAGUUUAUUAGAAAGCUCACAGGAGGAAGUUCGAGAAAGAGCAGCUACUGCUGUUGCAACCUUUGUAGUCAUUGAUGAUGAAAACGCUACUGUUGAUUGCCAGAGAGCUGAGGCAAUUUUACGGGGAGAUGGAAUACGACUGCUUUUGAACCUUGCAAGAUCUUGUCAGGAGGGGCUUCAGUCUGAAGCAGCUAAAGCUAUAGCAAACUUGUCCAUAGAUUCAAAAGUUGCAAAAGCCGUUGCUGAAAGUGGAGGAAUCAAUAUCCUUGCCAAUUUAGCAAAAUCAAUGAACAGAUUAGUAGCUGAAGAGGCUGCUGGAGGGCUGUGGAAUCUUUCUGUUGGGGAUGAGCAUAAGGGUGCCAUUGCAGAGGCAGGUGGUAUAAAAGCUUUAGUUGACCUUAUAUUCAAAUGGCCUUCCAACACUGAUGGACUUCUCGAACGCGCAACUGGAGCACUGGCUAAUUUGGGAGCUGAUGAGAAAUGCAGCAUGGAGGUUGCUGCAGCUGGUGGUGUCCAUGCUUUGGUGAUGCUUGCUCGGACUUGCAAAUUUGAAGGAGUGCAAGAGCAGGCUGCUCGUGCCUUGGCAAAUUUGGCUGCUCAUGGGGAUAGCAACAGCAAUAAUGCUGCUAUCGGGCAAGAGGCAGGUGCGCUGGAAGCAUUAGUGCAACUUACUUAUUCUCUGAAUGAAGGCGUAAGGCAGGAAGCGGCUGGUGCUUUAUGGAAUUUGUCUUUUGAUGACAAAAAUCGAGAAGCAAUUGCAGCAACUGGUGGUGUUGAGGCGCUGGUUGCCCUUGCUCAAUCUAGCUCAAGUGCUUCCCAGGGGCUUCAAGAAAGAGCUGCAGGUGCUCUUUGGGGAUUGUCAGUAUCAGAAACUAACAGCAUUGCUAUUGGAAGACAAGGUGGCAUAGCUCCACUUAUUGCAUUAGCACGCUCAGAUAUUGUCGAUGUCCAUGAGACUGCUGCUGGAGCGCUCUGGAAUUUGGCUUUUUAUCGUGAUAAUGCUCUUCGUAUAGUACAAGAUGGUGGAGUUCAACCCCUUGUUCAUCUAUGCUCUUCGUCAAUCUCAAAAAUGGCACGUUUUAUGGCUGCAUUAGCCUUGGUUUACAUGUUUGAUGGGAGAAUAGAUGGAGCUGUUCCAAUGGGGCAUUCAUCACAGGGCAGCUCAAAGACUCUGAACAUGGAUGGGGUUGGAAGGAUGGCCUUGAAGCAUGUUGAAGAAUUUGUGAUCUCAUUUUAUGAUCCACAAACCUUUUAUACUGCUGCUGCAUCAUUAGUCCCCACAGCUUUGGCACAGAUAGCAGAAGCCAUAAGAAUACCAGAAGCAGGGCAUCUAAGAUGCAGCGGAGCUGAGAUUGACAGAUUUGUCAGAAUGUUAAGAGACCCUUCUUCUAUACUAAAGUCCUGUUCUGCAUUUGCUCUUUCACAGUUUACCAUGCCUGGAGGACGGCAUGCAAUGCAUCAUUCAGGCCUCCUACAACAUGCAGGUGCACCAAGGGUCUUACGUGCUGCUGCUGCUGCAUCAACAGCCCCUAUUCAAGCCAAAAUUUUUGCAAAAAUUGUGCUUCGGAACCUUGAGCACCACCAUGAAGUCUCAAGUUAAUUGGGAGGAUAGUUUCUGCUGAACUCUGCACUGGGAGAUUGUCAUCUUCAUAAAAGCACAAUCUUCUUUAGAGUUGAACCAGGAGGCUGGGACGGGCCACCUCAUCCCCUUCCCCAAAGGACAAGCAGUCUUUUGCAAUUGUGGUAGUCACUAAGGGUCAAAACUAGGCACCCCUCAUACCUCGAUUACUUAUGAUAAUAAAAUGAAAAGGGGGCCUGCAUGUUUGUGGAGAUCAUCAUACUGAUGUUAAUGAGGUCUAGCAGAAUCUUGAUCCACAGGAAGGAUGUUUUCUUUUCCCUCUAAAUAACCCACCAUCUUUUUUGAUUUCUUCUGAAAACACCAAAAGGAAAAAGGGGAGUGGAAAUGAAGAGUAAUAAUACAAUAGAUCAAUCUUUUAAAUCUACAUAUAGUUUGUAGUUUUUUCUUUUCAUUUGGAUUUAUAUACAUAUAUUUUGUAGUUAGUACAUCUGAUGGAGUUCACUUUGCCUUUACAGUUUCUA